CUGAAACAUGUUCUAAUGUUUGUAAAUUUUCGUUCGCCGCUGGCGCUUUAUUGUAAGGUUUUGCUAAACAAAGUGAGUGUUUUUAAACUCCCACCCCUGUCCAAUAGGUCAGCAAAUAAAACAAAAGCACGUUAUACAUAUGAAUUGGCAAGGCAGUUAUGUUCCCACUCCAGCAAAGAGAGUCUAUACGAGAAACGUUAUAAGCAUGAGGAGGAUGAAGCUAUGAAAAUUGAAUCUAGUCUGUUUGAACAGUCAUCCAUCAAGUACGAACCGGUGGAUGCACAAGAGGUAUUAAUGAAGUCUAAAAUUCCAAAUCUUCCCAAGCAAUACAAGAGGGAGUUAAUAAAAACUGCCCAACCAACAACUCCAUCCCUGGUGUCACCCAAAAAAACCCGUGAAGAGCGUGAAUCUAAAUCGAGAAUUAUUAAGGAUACCGAAUUGGGUUUGGAAUACUUAAAACUAGAUUUAAAUGAUCCCCGACUUACAACGCUAAUGAUAACAGCCCGAUCGAAAAAGAGACGGGACAAACAAUGUCAGAUUGUGGUAGAAGGUCGUCGCUUAAUUCUAGAUGCUUUGGUGUGUGGCCUUAAGUUAAACACAAUCUUAUUUAGUCAAAAGGAUCAAUUGGCUGACAUCAAGCAAGAAGUGGUAGAAGCCCUUAAACGAUUUCCCCAAAUGAAAAUCUACAAAGUACCGCACCAUGAUAUGAAAAAAUGGUCCACCCUAACAACCCCGCCUGGAGUAAUGACACUCUUUGAAAGACCAUCUCAAAACUACAUUGCAAAGCAAUUAACUGCCCCAUUGCCUCUCACCGUGGUGUGUGAUAAUAUUCGAGAACCUAAUAAUUUGGGUAGCAUUAUACGCACUUGUGCUGCCUUACCUUGCUUCCAGAUUAUAGUUACCAAAGGUUGUUGUGAUCCCUGGGAGUCAAAAGCCUUGCGUGGAGGUUGUGGUGGACAUUUUCGUGUCCCCAUUCGAGACAAUAUCGAUUGGCAAGAAUUGUCAAUGUUGAUACCACCAGAAGUGGCACAUGAUUGUUGUGUUUUUAUAGCUGAAAGCAAUAUAGAUAGACUUAAAUCUAAAGAAUCUAAUAUAACGGAGUAUUGUAGUAUUGAGAAGACUGGAUCACACAAUCUGGUAAUUAUAGGUGGUGAGACUCAUGGUGUUUCGGAAGCAGCCUACAGGUUUUUGUCAAUGGUGGGUCCCAGAGGAAGUUGCUUAAAUAUACCCAUAGCCGAAGGUUGCGAUAGCUUAAAUGUGGCCUCAGCCCUUACAUUGAUUCUGUUUGAGUUGCGUAAAUCGAUACUCAAGGCCGACGAAGAGACUCUUCUAUCAUCCAAGUCUUAGUCUUAAGAUAAAUAUAUGAGAAAUUAUUUUCAUUCAAA